AUGCCGGGCUUCGAUUUCUCAAACUACAACCGCAAUGCGGCGCUCCACGCGCGGGGUGUUCCCUUGCCCAAAGCCACCAGCACAGGCACCACAAUCGUCGGUUGCAUAUAUGAUGGGGGUGUGGUGAUUGCCGCCGAUACACGAGCUACAAGUGGGCCGAUUGUUGCCGACAAGAACUGCGAGAAGCUUCACUACAUCUCCCCUCAGAUCUGGUGUGCUGGUGCUGGUACCGCUGCCGACACAGAGUUCACGACUGCCCUCAUCUCGUCCCAGCUCGAGCUCCACUCGCUAUCGACAGGUCGCAAGCCCAGAGUCGUCACCUGCAUGACCCUGCUCAAGCAGCACCUGUUCCAAUACCAGGGCCACAUUGGCGCCUACCUCGUCGUCGCCGGCGUCGACCCUACGGGAACACACCUCUUUACAGUUCAUGCCCACGGCAGCACAGACAAGCUGCCCUACGUCACCAUGGGCUCCGGCUCUUUGGCCGCCAUGUCUGUGUUCGAGACGCAAUGGAAGCCGACAGUGACCAAAGAGGAGGCCAUGGAGCUUUGCUCGCAAGCCAUCCAGGCUGGUAUCUUUAACGAUCUGGGCUCCGGCUCCAACGUCGACCUCGCUGUCAUCACUGCCGACAAGACCACGCUGCACCGCGGCUUUGUCAAGCCCAAUGAGAGAACUCAAAAGUUGAAGAACUACAAGUUUGCCAGAGGCACGACGGCGGUCCUCAAUGAGAAGAUCAUCACAAAGGACGAGAUUGGCAAGUACGUGAGCGUGCAGGAGUUGGAGGCGGGGGGCGAGUCGAUGGAGGUGGACUCAUAG